GAUUAGUGAUUUACUAACUGAUAGUAUAAAAAUUGUUAAAGAGAAGAGGAGUGAUCUGCGCGAGAGAGCAAAAUUGAUAGGGUUAGUGAGAAAGGAGAAGCAGCAAAGCGCGAAAAUGGCGACUUCUCUCAUUGCUAAACGGGCCACCAUUACCAUAGGAAAAUCUUCUGACCUCUUCAGAACAUCAUUCGCCUUCUUGCGCGGUCUUAGCGCCACCACCAGCUCCGCCGCGGACACGGCGGCGGGCGACGGACCCAAGAAGCCGAAGCGUAAGAAGAAGAAGAACCUAUUUGAGGUGGCCCAGUUUCUGCCCAAUUGGGGCAUUGGCUAUCACAUGGCUAAAACUCACUGGGCCGAGGUCUCUUACGAGAUUACCAAAAUCAAUCUAUACAAAGAUGGAAGGCAUGGGAAAGCUUGGGGGAUUGCUCACAAAAAUGGCACGCCAGCUGCAGAUGCCCCGAAGAAAAUUAGCGGUGUCCACAAGCGCUGUUGGAGAUAUAUCCCCAUGUCAAAAAGAAUAGAAGAAAGUGCGCCAAAACAGGAAGCAAGCGUCCCAAAUCAAGAAAUGGAAACUGCGUGACCAUUUUCAAUUUGUUUGUUGGAACCAGUUUGCGUGAGUAAUCUUGCCAUGAGAAGAUGUAGAAGCAACUCAUAAGGCCGGUUUAUCCCAGGUGCAAGUGUAGUAAACUUAGUUCUCGUCGACUUUUGAUAGUUAUAUAGCAUUAUGUUAGAUUCUGUAUUGAAGAUCAAUGGCAGUCAAUCUAGUUUUUUGAUCA